AUGGCUUCCAAAGAAUUCCUGACGCGAACCCUCGCCGCCCGCGGCUUCCUCGCCUGGAUCACGCAGCUCCUCGCCUCGUGCGCGUGGGUCGCCUCCGUUUUCAUCUACGGCGGCUGGGAGCUUGGCGAUCGCUUGCAGCUGGUCGCUGCGCUGAGCUGGACCGUGUCCAAUGCAUUCGCCGCACCCGAGGCGAUUCUGCCGCUGCUCACUGCGCCGGAAGAGCAGGUUGCGGUCGAGGUUAGGAGCGUCAAGUCGGAGGCAGACCUCAGCUCUAUCGUGCUCGCAUUCCACGUGCUCGCACGCAGCGGUUGCUGCCAGUGUGUGCAGUCGUGCAGUGUCCAGUGA